AGAUUCCCAAUGAAGGCUUGGUGGCCCCGUUGUUUGACUUUUGAGAUGUUCAGGGAAGAGAGAAGCCAGUGAGGAGAAAGAGAGCAAAGUACAAGUUGAAAGGUCUGAAGGCCUCAGAAUGGCUGAGAUGAAAACUUGAUAUCGCAGGGCAAAAACUGCUUUGCCCGGUCAGUUAACUGACAAAUAUUUUAUGUUCAGCACAGAAGAGCAAAAUGUGUCCCUUAUGUCCAUGUGUGUUGUCUCCUCUCUUCUUCCCUCAUUAGGGCCCUCUGGAUGAGAUGCUGCUACAGGCUGUGGUACCAAGAAUAGCGGUGAAGAAAAUAGAAACCCAUUAAGAUGAAUAUCAAUUUUAGAGCACAACCUGACCCUCAGCUGAUGCCCAUUGGAACCACGCGGCAGGCGGCAAAUGAGGGCACUUCUGGGAAAACAAGUUACUUUGUUUGCAGACACUCUCCACAUCCAAAGACAGUGUGCCACAUUAGAGGACUAAAUGAUGCACCUGUCUGUGUUGUGAAAGACCGAGGAUACAAUGAAGGACGCUUCGCUGACUCAAGCACAGAACAUAUUCAACUUCUCAGAAACACUGUAAUGCCCGCUGAAAGUUCUUUUCCCAACAAUACCCUGCCAAGCCUGAUACAAACCCCACUUAGAGCGAAUGUUGGACAGCUUAUGAGAGACGAAAUUGCUGAGCUCAAGCAAAGAACAGAAAACACCCCACUUUUAAAGAGAAGGGACGAUCCUUUGAGGAAAUACCUUGCAGACAAUCCACAAAAUAGGAUACCUCCAGAGCACCCUCUUUUACCUACCCCGGGUACACACUACAGGCCAGACAUCAUCGAGAAUAUGAAUUAUACCCCUACUUACGUGGAACAGGAAAUAAAAAUCUUGGAAAGGCUUCGUGAUAUUUUACAGACAGACUCGCUUGCAGAGAUCCAAACCUGGUUAUCAAAGGCAACUCUAAAAGAGAAGGAGUUUGUGUCCAAUUUCAUCCGUUCCGACGUGACCAGCCGAGAUCUGCUGAAUUAUCAGAGAAAGGCACUGAAAGAAGCUGACGCAGAGGCUCUGAAUUUACGAGAUAUGCUGAAAGCUGAAAGAGCACUUCAGAAUAAACCUGCGAGUGAAGACAGCCGGCGCAGGCUUACAAGCAGAGGAACAGUAUCCAGUAAAGACAGGGAGAGAAGUACACACACAAGAGAGAAAAUCCGAAUCCCAACUUCUGAGACUCUAGAUCGUUCCCCCAGCAAACUCACAGUUCUUCAAAGUCACCCCCACAGUCCUGCAAUACCCCAAAACAGCACCCAGUUUCUGUACAACAAGGUUUACUCUAAGCGACACAAUACUGCUUCAAGAGGUCAACAUUCGAAAAAAUAAGUCAACAGUUUACAACUUAGUACAGCUCCCCUGGGCUUCAUUCAGACACUAACAGCUGAGUCUGCAGUCUUCAGGAUCCUGUCUGUCUGGGGCUACGGAAAAGACUCACAUACACAAAUCUAAAGUCAUAAUAAUUUAAAUAGCCAUACAUCCAUGUCAAACACUUCAUAAAAGUGUGCAGACUGCAACCUAAUAUUCCCGGGCACAUAUUUAUAUAACUUGCUCUAGGGAGUUAUUAAACAUGCCAUUGGAGAUUUUGUUCCAAGUCAUUAAAAUGAAAAACCUGUACAAUGUACAAUAAACAUUC